AUGGCGCGGUCUCCAACACCCUUCGGAUCAAGGCCAGUAUCUGUGUUCCCCGAGGGCGAUUUCCGCAACCACGCAAAGGAGGAAAUUCUCGACAUCAAGUGUGACAUGAUGGUCAACAACCUUUACCAAAAGCAGAUGGAACUUCUCUGGACUGCUGGUGGACACGACGAGGGUAUUCUGCUCAAGAAGUCAAGAGGAAAGUACGCAUGCUGCCCUUCAGAUCUCGAGAGCGAGCCUUUCGGCUUCUUCAAGGCAAUCGAGACUCUCAACGUUAGAUCUGCCAUGACCGUCAACACUCGCGUUAUCAAGCUGUUCCUCCACGGAAACGACAGCCCGUUCAUCCCUCUGAAGAGUGGCCUUCGUCUCCAAGUUCUCCCCGACAUGUCUUACCUGCCACGAUGCGCUAAGCACCAGUUUGCUGCUUUCAUCGCCGACCGUGGCAUCCUCGUCGUCUGGGAUGAUGACCCGAGACAUUUGAUCAAGCGUGCCGAGGACAUCGAGCAAGCACUUAUGAAAAUGGUCUGGCGUCAGGAGGGAGAAGAAGAGGAAGAAGAAAUCUCAGAGAAGGAGAAGGCUGCUCAGAUCAACAUCGAUGAGAUUGGUGCCGACAGCGAAGAGGCUGGUGCGUUCGAGAAACCCCGUCGCAUCGUUCUCACCCAGGCUAUCUGCAACGCACUGACUCUUUGCCUCAUUAUCGUCGUCCUAGGCUUGGGUUGGCGUAAAGUUGCUAUCGAGAUUGGCUACGACGGUGGCUAUGCCCGUAUUGCCUUCCUUCUCUGCUUCCUGCCUCAGUUCUGGGUCUCGCUCUUCUUCUUCCAGGCUCUUGUCGGAAACCUUGCUCAAUUGUUUGGUCCAAUCUCUCAAUUGACGUCCAACACCAAGUUCUACUCGGGUGUCGCCCCGAAACGCCUCAACGCUGAUCUCGUCGCUCUGCCUCACAUUACCAUUCAGUGUCCUGUUUACAAGGAAGGUCUUCAGGCUGUCAUCGAACCCACAGUCCACUCUAUCAAGGCAGCUAUCUCCACCUACGAGAUGCAAGGCGGCACUGCCAACAUCUUUGUCAAUGACGACGGUAUGCAGCUGAUUUCUGAGGAGGAGGCUCGCGCCCGCCAGGACUUCUACGAUGAGCACAACAUUGGAUGGGUCGCUCGUCCUCGCCACGACCCCAAGGGUGAGCACGGUGAUCCCUUUGUCCGUCGCGGAAAGUUCAAGAAGGCUUCGAACAUGAACUACGCUCUCUGGGUCAGCAACCGUAUUGAAGACAAGAUGAACGCAGCUCCCAAGCACAACAACUGGAGCAACGAGGACGAGGCCGAACUCUACGUCAAGGCUCUCAACGAGGUUGUCGAGGAAGACGAAGGCCGCACCUGGGCAGAUGGUAACGUCCGUCUUGGCGAUUACAUCCUUCUGAUCGAUUCCGAUACCCGUGUUCCUACCGAUUGCUUGCUUGACGCCGCUAGUGAAAUGCACCAAUCUCCUCAGGUCGCCAUUCUCCAGUACGCUUCCGGUGUUAUGAACGUUACCGACAGCUUCUUCGAGAAGGGUAUCACUUUCUUCACCAACCUCAUUUACACUCAGAUCAAGUACGCUGUUGCCAGUGGUGAUGUUGCUCCUUUCGUCGGUCACAACGCUAUCCUCAGAUGGUCUUCGGUUCAGAACAUUGCCUACGACUGCGAGGAUGAUAAUCGCGAGAAGUACUGGUCUGAGGCGACUGUCUCUGAAGAUUUCGACAUGGCCCUUCGUCUUCAAAAUGAUGGUUACGUGGUCCGUCUUGGUGGUUACACUGGCGAUGGUUUCAAGGAAGGUGUCUCGCUCACCGUCUACGACGAGCUUGCUCGUUGGGAAAAGUACGCCUACGGCUGCAACGAACUCCUCUUCCACCCUAUUCGCUACUGGCCUACUCGCGGUCCCUUCACCAAGCUCUUCCGCAACUUCAUCACCUCUGCAAUGCCUCUUCCUUCUAAAUUCACUAUCAUGGCUUAUAUCGGUACUUACUACGCUAUUGGUAGCGCCUGGAUUCUGACUAUCCUGAACUAUUUCCUCCUCGGCUGGUACAACUCUUACCAAGACAAGUACUACCUUGAUUCGUUCCAGGUUUACCUUGCUAUUAUCGUUGUCUUCACCGGUCUCGGUAACGUCGCCCUCGCUAUCCUCCGCUACCGUACCGACGAGCAAGGUCUAAUCCGCGGCCUCCUCACCAACUUCAUGUGGAUUCCCAUGUUUACCAUUUUCCUCGGUGGACUUUCCAUGCAUUUGUCGCAAGCUCUUUUGUCACACAUGUUCGGUAUCGACAUGAACUGGGGUGCCACUAGCAAGGAAGCUGAGAACACCACCUUCUUCAAGGAAGUCGGAAAGGUCAUCAAGAACUUCAAGUUCACCUUCCUCUUCUGCAUUCUCAUGGCUAUUGGUAUGAUCGUCUGCGCAGUUGCAUUGCCCUGGAACUGGCGAAUUACACAAUUCUUCGCCAUCUGGCCGCUUGCUACCGUUCUGGUCAGCCACUUCGCACUACCUAUCGUUCUUAACCCCAACCUCAUGCUUUUCACAUGGUAG